UCGCGAGGAAGGCCCAAAACUUCGACUAUGCAUUCAAGUUGUAACAACAAUAAAACACUGGACUAAUGUGCUAUUUUCGCAAUUUCAGAGAGCCGAAACUUGUUAGAAAUAAUAUAAAAAGCAAGUAUUUUUCCGACCAAAGCAUCUUCAGCUGCCAUGGCGACGGUACGAAUGAUAGACAUAGCCGUAAAUUUUACUGAUAGCAUGUUCAAAGGGAUAUACAAUGGGAAGCAAUAUCAUAUGGGGGACAUUCAAGCUGUGCUGAAGAGGGCAUGGAGCGCUGGAGUUGAUCGCAUAAUUGUAACUGGUGGCUCUCUUGAAGAAUCAAAGGAAGCUCUUGCAAUUGCGGAAACAGAUGCAAGACUUUUCUGUACUGUGGGCGUGCACCCAACAAGAUGCAAAGAAUUUGAAGACAGUGGGGAUCCAGAAAAGCAUUUGCAGGAUCUUUUGACAUUGGCUAAAGAGGGAAUAGAAAAAGGAAAAGUGGUUGCGAUUGGCGAAUGUGGGCUGGACUAUGAUAGACUUCACUUUUGUCCAUCUGACAUUCAAAAGAAGUACUUUGAGAAGCAGUUUGAGUUAGCAUAUAGAAUGAAACUGCCAAUGUUUCUUCACAUGCGAGCAGCUGCUCAGGAUUUUUGCGACAUUCUUGAACGAAAUAAGGAUCGGUUUGUUGCUGGUGUUGCGCACUCUUUCACUGGAAGUGCUGAAGAUCGUGAUAAACUUCUUUCAUUUAGUAAUGUUUUUAUAGGUGUAAAUGGUUGCUCUCUCAAGACAGCUGAGAACCUUGAAGUCGUAAAGGGUAUACCAGUUGAGCGAAUGAUGAUUGAAACGGAUUCACCAUACUGUGAUAUCAAGAAUUCACAUGCUGGGAUACAUUUCGUGAAAUCCUCGUGGCCUUCAAAGAAAAAGGAGAGGCAUGAUCAAGAAUGCCUUGUCAAAGGUCGCAAUGAGCCUUGCUUAGUUCGGCAAGUGCUUGAAGUUGUUGCAGGCACUAAAGGCAUCACUGACAUAGACCAACUGGGCAAGACACUGUACCACAAUACUUGCAGGGUUUUCUUUCCUCAUGAUUUGGAUUCGGCAGCAGAAGCUCUUCUUGCUAGUGGCAGGGAAGCUAUAUGAAAGAAGUCAUGAGUUCAAGAGAAAAGGCAGCACCCUGAGCAGCACUCUGCUAGUCAGAGCGUUUAUCCUCUCAAAGUCAUCAUGUGUGGACGAGAAUUGUAUGCUAGAAAACAAAGGGUGGAACAUUUAUGUUUUUCUGUCACUCAUAUAUUGUUUUUUGGUAAUUAAAUUUUUUCAUUAAUCACCAGUGAAAGACAUUACAGCGCAUUAGCUAAGCUUAAAUGCAGGUUAGCCAAAUCAAAAAGAGCAGUAAACAAAAAUUCCCUACUUCCUA